AUGACAGCGUACUUCUUCUCGAUAUUCUUCCUCAAAGUUAGCACCACCUGGCCUAAAGUUGUAAAGGAUAUUCAGAAAUAUGAGCGGUUACUGAAGCCUAUAAAUGGUCCUCAGAAUUUUAUAAAAUUGAUUCACAAAUGUAUGGUGAUUUUAAUUGCUAGUGCUGCAAUUGAGCACGCCCUGUAUUUAACAUUUAUCGUUCUGGUCACGUAUCGUAACGCACCACGCAAUGGUACAGAAGUUUGGCUCCAACACUAUUUCACGAACAACUUUAAGGAGCAGUUCUAUUAUAUUCCUUAUAACACUGUGAUGGGUUUUGGGUUCCAGUUCGCAUUGCUACAACAGACGUUUUUGAUCUCCUAUAUUGAUUUCUUUAUCGCUGCGCACGCGUUGUAUUUGGCACAACAUUUUCGCACGUUUAACAACAAUUUACGACAAAAGCAAAAUAGGCGUGGAAGCAAAAUACAUUGGGCACACAUACAAAUGCAAUACACUCGUUUGUGUGACCUAACAAAGAAAAUGGACAAUUUUUUAAACCCCGUUAUAUUUGCGUCUCUUUUGGAAAACCUUUUACAAAACUGCAAUGUUAUUUUUAUCAUUUUGAGAGAUGCAGAUAGAGAAUUUUAUACGGAAUUUAGAUACUAUAGUCUACUCUUCUUAAUGUCCAAGUCCAUUUUAACUAUAGGUGUUCUUGGUUGGCUUCAUAACCUGAGUCGUGAACCACUCCAAGCUCUAUAUGAACUAGAUUCUAGAGCAUAUAGUAUUGAGACUGUACCAGCAAACUUUUGGCGAAAUAUAAGAGAAGAAUACAAUAGGGCUACAAAUUUAGUGCGGCGCUUAGACGAUGUUAUCGGAGGAAUUAUCUUUAUAUCCUUUGCGAAUAAUUUAUUUUUUAUAUGUCUGCAGUUACUAAACACACUUGCAGACGGCAUAAAAGCUUCGCCGUCGUGUAGCUUAGGUGCAGAUGAGAGACCGUUAAAGGGCUACGAACAAGCAGUGUACUUCAUGUAUUCUUUUAUGUUUCUCGUUAUGAGAUCACUAGCUGUGUCCCUGGUAGCGGCGAAGGUGUAUUCGACAAGCAAGGAGCCCGCAUUUGCAUUGUACGAAAUUCCACCAGCUAUGUAUUCAAUAGAGGUGCAAAGAUUCCUUGAUCAAAUCCAUGGAGAAUCCGUCGCAUUGAGUGGUCUCCGCUUCUUCCAAAUAAAACGUGGAUUAGUUCUCACAAUUGCAGGUACGAUAGUUACGUACGAAUUGGUUCUGCUCCAGUUUGGUAUCAACCCAGCAGCUCCGAAACACAAAUUAUACUAA